CGAGCCUCUCUCCUCGUCACACAACCAUCUCCUCCCACCCACAAUGUCGACCGUUCAGACCGUCAACCUGUCCCUCCCCUCCCUGCCUGCCGGCUGGACGGCCGAGAAGGACUUCAAGUCCGUCGGCUCUCUGUCCGCCGCGACCCAGCGGAACCUCGAGCCCGUUGGCCCUCACUUCCUGGCCCACGCUCGCAGAAGCCGCCACUCCCGCACCUUCUCCGAGGAUGAGCGCAUCCAGGCCCAGCAGAACGUGAAGAGCACCGAGGAGGACGAGGAUGAUGACAUCUCCGAGGACGAGGACUCCGUCCUGCUGUCCCGCGAGGCCAAGGACUGGAAGAGCCAAGAUCACUACCAGGUCCUCGGUCUGUCCAAGUACCGCUGGCGCGCGACCCCCGAGCAGAUCAAGCGGGCCCACCGCAAGAAGGUCCUGCGCCACCACCCCGACAAGAAGGCCGCUCUGGGCGACCGCGACGAGAACGACCAGUUCUUCAAGUGCAUCCAGAAGGCCACCGAGGUUCUGUCCGACCCCGUGAAGCGUCGCCAGUUCGACUCCGUCGACGAGGCGGCCGAGGUCGAGCCCCCGACCAAGAAGGAGGCCACCAAGAAGUUCUUCAAGCUCUGGAACCCCGUGUUCGUCGCGGAGGGCCGUUUCUCCAAGAAGCAGCCCGUGCCCCAGCUGGGAGACGACAACAGCACCCAGGAGGAGGUCGAGACCUUCUACAACUUCUGGUACGACUUCGACAGCUGGCGUACGUUCGAGUACCUGGACGAGGAUGUUCCCGAUGACAACGAGAACCGUGACCAGAAGCGUCACAUGGAGAAGAAGAACGCCAACGCCCGCCGCAAGCGCAAGACCGAGGACACCGCCCGUCUGCGCCACCUGGUGGACGACUGCGCCGCCGGCGACGAGCGUAUCAAGAAGUUCCGCAAGGCGGCCCGUGCCGACAAGGACAAGAAGCGUCUCGACCGUGAGGCCGAGGCCAAGCGUCUGCUCGAGGAGAAGGAGAAGGCCCGUCUGGAGGAGGAGCAGCGCAAGAAGGACGCCGAGGAGGCCGCCAAGGCCGACCGCGAGAAGAACAAGAAGGCUAAGGAGGCCGCCAAGAACGCCGCCAAGAAGAACAAGCGUGUGCUCAAGGGCUCCGUCAAGGACGUCAACUACUUCGCCGAUGGUGGCGAGCCGUCCGCCGCCCAGGUCGACUCCGUCCUGGGUGACGUCGACCUGGUCAUCAGCAAGAUUGACGCCGAGGAGCUGGCCGGUCUCGCUGAGCGUCUGACCGCUGCCGGCAAGGACGGUGCUGCCGUCAAGACGGUCUACACCGAGGAGGUCCAGCGUCUGGUUGGUGCUUCCAAGCUGAAGGAGGGUGAGGCCAAGUUCUUCGUUUAAGCUACGGUAUAGACAGGGGUUACGGGGGCUGCCUUGGACACGGUAUAUAGAUCGAUAGACAUUGGCCAAGAUACUGAAGCGAUGCGAUUAUGGAGUCAACUUUUGAACUGCCUGUAAGCGAGUCUCCUCGACAUCGAGUAUCCUCACCAGGCACCGGCACGUGCCACGGACCGCGGAGUGGACCAAUCAGAAGGGCCAAUUGUCUGCCUUCCCGUCCGGGACUAGCGGCCCGCGGGCAGCCAGUCAGGGACGAUCGAGGCACAACGUGCAGCAUCGACG